AAAGGCCCAUUAACAAAAUCAAGUAAAAAGCCCACUUAGUGUUAUUAUCAUAUUACUGGAAAUUGGAAUGGUUCUCUUAUCGUCGUUGGAUCCGAUUUCAUUUCUCAGCAUCUCCCAUGGAGGAAUCAAGAUUCGAUUGUGAAGAAGAUCUUGAUUAUGCUGAGAUUGUUGUUGUUCGUCAUGGAGAGACAUCUUGGAAUGCAGAGAGAAAAAUCCAGGGUCAUUUGGAUGUUGAGUUAAAUGAUGCAGGAAGACAACAAGCAGUGAGAGUUGCGGAGCGGUUAUCGAAGGAGCCGAAGAUAUCUCAUGUAUACUCUUCUGACUUGAAGAGAGCCUUUGAGACUGCUCAGAUCAUUGCUGCUAAAUGUGGCAAGCUUGAGGUACUUACUGAUCGUGAUUUACGGGAGAGACAUUUAGGAGAUAUGCAAGGGCUUGUGUAUCAAGAAGCUUCGAAAAUUCGCCCGGAAGCUUACAAGGCCUUUUCAUCUAACCGCACAGACGUUGAUAUUCCAGGUGGAGGAGAAAGUCUUGACAAACUUUACGAUAGAUGUACAACUGCAUUACAAAGAAUCGGCGACAAACAUAAAGGUGAAAGAGUAGUAGUAGUGACUCAUGGAGGUGUGAUUCGAUCUCUACAUGAAAGAGCUCGUCCAAGUGCAAGAAAAGUUGAAAAGAUACUCAAUACAUCGGUCAAUGUGUUCCGUUUAUUCGACGGAGACAAAUGGACAAUCCAAGUUUGGGGCGAUGUGAGUCAUCUGGACCAAAACGGUUUCUUACAAUCAGGUUUUGGUGGUGAUAGAACCUCUGGUUAAAUUCUAUACUCUUCUUCUCCUUGGAGGAGCAUUUAUGUAAUUUAA